AUGUCCGUAAACCAUAAUGAAAAAGAAGAGUCAUCCUCCUCCUCCUCUGUUGCAACUCUCUCACCAUGGGUGCUUCAUUUUGUUCGCAAGUACGAGAUGAAGCCUCACGUGGAAGGUGGAUUUUAUUCCGAAAUUUUUAGACAUCCUCUCACCACUUCAGUUGUUUUAAAGGAAAAAGUAGAAAAAGAACCUCCUCUUGUUUCUUCUUCGGGAGGAACUAUUCAGAAUGCUUCGGAAGAUCGUCAUCUUUCCACAAGUAUUUUUUAUUUACUUGCCGCUAAUGAUUUUUCGUGUUUUCAUAAAAUUAAAGCAUUUGAACAGUGGCAUUAUUAUUGUGGAAAUUCAUCAUUAAUUAUUCAUGUUUUGGAUGGAAGGAGUGAUGAAAAGAAAUAUGGAAAAUUUAUAUUGAACAAUGAUUGCUCGAAUCAACCGCAGACAAAUUUGGAAACUUCUGUGAGACACCUAAAUAUGGAAGGAAAUUUAUUAACUCCUGCUUAUGGUCAUUGCAAGAAUGAUGUGAAAGAGAUAAUGAAUUCCAAAUAUGACACAUUUGUUGAUAUUUCAUGCAUUGUUCCACCUGACUGUUGGUUUGCUGCAGAAGUAUUGAAUAAGGAAGAAGAUCGAUUUGUCAUGAGCGGAUGUACCUGCAGUUUUGGUUUUGAUUUUAAGGAUUUUGAAACAGGAAAACGUGAACAGUUAUUGAGAGAAUUUUGUGGGAAUGACGUUGCUACGGACGAUGAAAACAAACGAGAGUUGACAGCUCUCAUCACCCGUCUGACCAGAGAGUAA